AUGAAAGUGAUGCAAUUGACAGCCUAUGAAAAUACAUUGGCUUCAUAAUUGAGUGGAGGGAAUAAAAGAAAAUUAUGUGUUGCUUUGGCUUUGAUGGGCGGAACCAAUAUGUAAUUUUUUGAUGAACCUUCCUCAGGAGUUGAUCCAAUUGCAAGAAGAUUUUUAUGGAAUGCAAUACAAUAAGGAGUCAAAUUAAGGUAGAGUUCGGUUAUUCUAACUACUCACACCAUGGAUGAAGCUGAAAGUCUUUGUAAUAAGAUUGCAAUCUAAGUGAAUGGUAGAUUUGCUUGUCUAGGAUCGGUGCAGCAUUUGAGAUCCAAAUUUGGAGAUGGAUAUCGAGUUGUGAUUGAGCCAAUAAAUAAUCUAGAUAAAGAUGCAACCAUGCUCUAAUUGAUUACUAAGGAUUAUUAGAAUAAUAGACCAAACAUCAUUUAGGAGAUUACGAAGCAUUUCGGCAAUAUUUAUAUUGUUGAUGAUAUGCAUUCUGGCAAAAUUAUUUGUAAGUUCCCAUUGGCUGGAUUCUAAUUCCAUUAGACAUUUCAUUUCUUUUAAGAGAAACUGUAAAAGGAAUUGCAAUUGAUUAAAGAUUUUCAGAUUAGUCAACCUAAUUUGGAACAGAUCUUUAUGCAAUUUGCUGCUUAAUAAACUAUAGAGGAAGUGGUGUAAAAAAAAGAAUCUCCAAAUCGCUGUCAUGUAGUUGCAUUAUGUGGAAAUGACGAAGAUGAUUGA